AUGGACGACCUCUCCACGCUCUGCACAAUCUGCCACAUCGAGGAGCCCAUCUACACCUGCCCGCGCUGCUCCAUGACCACGUGCUCCCUCGCCUGCUCCAAGCGCCACAAAAUCCGCUCCAUGUGCAACGGCAUCCGCGACCCCACGGUCUAUAGACCCAUCUCGGAAGUCGCGACCCCCUGGGGCAUCGACCAUGACUACAACUUCAUCCACGGCAUCGAGACACGCAUGGAGCGCGCCGAUAAGAUACUCAUCGAAGACUUGGAGCUGGUGAGCAAACGACAGAUGGAGGCUGCGAGAGCAGGCGAGACAGAAGAGCAGUACGCCAGACGGACGGGGCGUAGGCUUAAGGAGCUGCCGGGCGAGGUGCAAGUUGCGAAGAUGUUGAAGCAGGAGAAUAUAAAGCUGAUCAAGGCGCCGAAGGGGAUGCGGCGGAACAAGGAGAAUGCGACGAGCUGGAACAAGAAGCUCAGACAUAUCAAUUGGCAGGUAGAGUGGAUUCGGGAGGGCGCUCCGAGGGCGCUGUAUCGUGCGCUGGGCAGCAAGCCGCUUGGCGAUUUCUAUGAUGCGAUGUGUGAGGAGGAGCGGUAUUUGAGUAUGACGGAGGAGGAGCGGAAGAGGGAGAAGCGGGUCGGACAGAAGAGGAAGGCGGAGGAUAAGAGGGAGAGAGAGAGACUUGCGAAGAAGGCUAGGAUCGAAGAAAAGCAAGACCUCUGUGAUCUUACCACUCCGUCUCUCCUUCAAGAUCCCAACACUGGCGCUUGGAAUCUCACACCGUCCAACUCAGCUUUGGACAAUGAAACUGAACUUCAGACGUCGAGUCCAUCGAGGCCUAACCCUAAAUUCCCAGACUAUAAAUUCUAUCUACAUCGACCGCUCACGCCCGCUUCCUUCCCAAAAGUUCUGGCCCCGAUAUGUCCGACCAAACCGCUGACCGAGUUACUACGGCAACGGUACAUAUUGGAAUUCCCAACGAUACACGUCCUGCCUAAUACAACUGAAGGCCUACCGAAAGGCUUCAUGCUCGAGUCCGACUAUCUGAAAGCAGUAGGCAAUAAGCCAAGAGGGAACACAGAUACAGAAAUGGGAGGGACGAACGAGUCCGAUAGCGACGAAUCGAGUAGCAGCGAGGAAAGCGAUAGUGACGAGUCUGUAGAGGAAGGCGAAGUUGUGUAA